AUGACGCCUUCCCGGAUAUUUUACGGGAAUUCCCACGUACAUCGACAGGCAAUUAUCACUCUGCAUGGCAAAGAAGCUGCUCACACUCUGAAGCUCUCGCACAGUGGUCGAUUUCUUGCAGUCGGUAACGAUGAGGGCCUCCUUGAAAUUUACAUGCUCCAUGACUCAGUUUGGAGAAGAUUCGGCAUUUACGAAAGCGGUACAUCUAUUCGCGCCCUUGCAUGGCACCCAUCGGAGGACUUGACUAUUUUUUGUGGAUCUGCCAAUGGGUCUUUACAUAGGAUCACUAUGCAAUUGGAUGGGAGCUAUGUUACAUCUAGCGCUAUUAUACCAGGCUAUAUACACUCGCUGCAGCUGAGUCCAGACGGAUCAAGGCUUGCAAUUGGUCAUGGGCGAUCUGUUUCCAUCGUAAAAGACCCGUUCAUGGAGCCAAAUGAGCUGGGGGAAAUGGCUAGACUGAACGUGUCAUUGUCUCCCAACGUUCAGAGUCUUUCCGAAUAUAAAUUCUCACGCGGAAUAUUUUUUGCCUCAAGCCGGAUAGUAAUCAUCCCUUUCCUUGGUACAGGAGGAAUAACAGCAUACAGCCUUAAUGACUAUUCCAGCAAGUGGUCCAUUCAACUACGAGAUAACACCUUUCUGGGCUCCGCUGCAAUCUCACCGUCCGGAGAACGAGUUGCCGUUAUGAACAUGUGUGACGGUAUAGACUUCUAUUCAACCACCCAUCGACGUCUUUUGUCGACUACGCGCUAUGUCUUAUCUAGCCGAACUCCCCCAAGAAAUCUGAUAGUCGAUAUCAUCUUUGUUGACGAAGAUACUGUUGCCGUUGGCCAUUCUGAUGGCUAUGUUGCUUUUGCGACAUUUGGCGUUAGCGAGAUAUGCGGGACCUUUGCGCUCGAUGACAACAAUUACCGAGCUCCAGUACAAGCCAUAACAUUUGGUCUUGUCAAUCACCAGCCUCACAUCUUCGCCGUUAUACCCGCAUUUAGUCCAUGGAUGCGCACACACGGUGCCAUUGCCAAUACUAUCCACGUUGGACUCAUACAAAACAACGACGAAUCCGGUAUUGGAGAAAUUGAUAGCACAUUGGAUGAUCAAUACCCUUCAACUAGGACACGUCCGCUCACUAUGUAUAGUGCUAAUACUUUCCACUUCACCACUAUGCAAGUAGCAAUGUUGUUGCUUGUUACAAUUUCUUCAACAUUGUAUGGGAAAUAUUUGCUCAGCACGGAGUCCCACUUGCCUCCGCCACAUCUACAGGUCGCCGCAGUGACUGAACAUCCCACCAAUUCCGCAUCAGAAACUUCGGUGAAUCCAUCUUCCCAGCCCCUUUUCUUGGAGGGAUCACCAACCUCUCCUGCGCAUCCCUUCUAUGCAUUCACAUUAACCGGGAUGGUCACUGGGAAGGCAGCUUUAACACGUUUUCCUAUGGCAACAUUUCCUGAAAUCAUCGAGGAAUUUUUAUCUCGAGUCUUGCUACUCCCUCUUGAUGCUAGCAGGGAGGAAGUCAAUAUUGCACUCGCCAACUGCCUUCAUUAUGAGCAGCAAAUUCGUCGUUGGUUUGCUCAGCACAGGAAUCACCCCAUUCUUACCGAAGAUCCCUAUCUGGGCUUGAUUAAUAUAUUCCAGGUUCCCGACGCAGUUUUACGUUCCCGCCCUCGCUCAGACACAGAGAAUAUGCACAUUUUGACUUUUCCAGACAAUAGCUACGAAGAAUUUCCAGGAUCCCAUCUCCUACCUCUUCAGUCUGGACUUGUCAGGCCCCGGGGUAACCGUGCCAUUGUUCCUAGUAUUGAGGCCUUUCUGAACAAUUUUCAUAUCUUCUCUCAUGGCGCUCUGUCAAGGCUCCCAAGCUGGGAAAAUAUUGUUGUUGCUGGAGGAUCUGUGUUGGGUUGUCUAUCACCUCCUGUUAAUGCGUCUAGCUCAAACAUGGAGCUCAACGACUUGUACCAGUCGCCUGCAUACUGGGACUCCGAUAUUGACUUAUUCAUUUUUGGACUGUCUCACCAAGAGGCCCUUCAGAAGAUGGAGAAUAUAUACAAUUCAAUUCAAGAAACAAUCCCUUUUCAUACAAUUUGCGUGCGCAGGGCAAAUACCAUUACAAUCUAUACAACAUGGCCUGUAAGGCCAAUCCAAAUUAUAAUGCGACUGUAUAUGUCACCGUCUGAGAUUCUUGCUGGGUUUGACAUCGACUGCUCAUGUUGCUUGUUUGAUGGUCAAAGUGUCUACGUAAAUCCUCGGGCGCUUGCGGCGUUGAUCUGUCAGUCAAACUUGAUAGAUAUAUCACGAAGAUCACCUUCCUAUGAAGUUCGCUUUGUGAAGUAUUCUGAACGGGGAUUUGAGGUCCACUAUCCCGAAUUAAAUCGUCAUAAUAUUGCUUACCAGAAACUUUAUGACAUCGACUUACAGGAGUAUCCACAAGGCCUUUCAUUUCUGAUUGUCGGCGAGAUGGAGCACAAGCGUCCCCACUACUACAAUAAUCUUUCUCAGUGGAAGGGUCGAGUUCCAAAGGCAAGACGUCUGUAUGCACCUGAGAACAUCGGGACUGCAAAUUUGAAGGAGCUUAUAUUCUCCAAUAAUUAUGAGUAUAUUCGCAUUCCCCAUCGCCCAGGAGUAAAUUCUAGAAUAAUUGAAAAAUGGGUAAAGAGAUUUGACGAGAGGGCAAAUUCAAAGUAUAACUUGGUAAACCUCAACCGAAACUUGCACAGGCAUGCCGCUUUCGCUGGUACAAUGGCAGAGUGUCUAGAAAAUUUCUGCAUGAAUUGUCCUUCUCCUCAGAGCGCUGAAGAAGAAGCUUUAGUGACGGCUGAACCAAUGUAUAUUCGGGGACCAGCCAGAUUCAUUGAGUCGGACCCGGGCCGUCAGAUGAUUGGAAGUUUCAAUCCAAUCACCAUUGAUAAUUGGACAGAAGGGGCCUAUAGGAGUUAG